GAAUCGAAUAGCUGUUCCGGGGCAGUGUAUCACUAACCGCCAUGGGAGAAGAUCGCUUGGUUGAAAUUCCUCGAAAUGAUUGGGAAGAGUGGCGUGAUUUGUAUAAGCGUGAUUGGCCUCGCCAUGAGAUCGCGUUUAAUUUAGUGCAAAACUAUAUCGAUUGGUCAAAGCGCGAUCGUAAAAUUAAGGACUUGGCACUGUACAGCCUUAAUGGCAGCUGGCGGGAAAACGGCACUUUUGUCAUCAUCGAUCGUAUCGAUUUGUAUAUGUACACGCUGGACGAAUCUUUGGACACUCUGCGUCGUGCACUGGAGCUAGUCGAUUGGGACUACUACUACGUGUCCAUUAUGUGCGAGUACGAAACAUUGCUCUACAACACGUUUAAGAAGCUUAAUGUCCGUGUGUCUAUAGCACGCCCAAACAUUAUGUAUUUCCUACCCAAGGAGGAAGCCUUAAAGCUGAACCCAUCCGUACCGGAAGGUCUUCAAGUUGGCCCGCUUCAACCGUAUCAUGCCAAAAUUAUUAACGACCUGUGGCCACACCGGGAAACGGGUUCCGAGUUUUCUCUGGAGCGAUUAAUCCGUUGGAAUCCAUCGAUGGGUUUGUUCGACAAACAGGGCGAUCUACUUGGAUGGUGUUUGUUCACGCAGCCUGGCGUCAUGGGAUCGCUGGGUGUAAUAGAACGUCGCAAAGGCUAUGGCAAAAUUGUGGUGCAAGCAUUCGCCAAACGGCUAGCGGAAAUGGGCUUCAAUCUGUACGCUAGUAUUCUAGUGGAAAAUGAACCAUCGAAAGCACUGUUCGCAAGUGUCGGAUUUAAACCGAUCAAAGACACAACCUGGAUUCGAAAUUGUGAACGAAAAUUUGUUGAAUGGAGCUCUGGAGAUAAGCUGGAAUUCAACUAAACCUCUCAAUUUCUACGGCUGUUAUCUAAAUGAGCAAAAUCAUUUUAAUUGUAAUAUUCAACAUUAAAGUCAUUUGCAAAAACAA